UUGGCACCACUGGCGCACUCCUCCCACAUCCGCCUCUAUGAAAAUGGCGACCGAUAGCACAGGUGACCACGACCAGCCGAUUCCGGACUCCGAAAAGGUUCGGAUCGCCUCCGAUUUCAUUCUUCACUCGCCUCCUGGAGAGUUUAACGAAGUCUUCAAUGACGUGAGGGUGCUGCUCAACAACGACACUUUGUUAAAGGAAGGCGCCUCGGGAGCUUUUUCUCAGUACAACAAAGAUCAACUGACACCCGUGAGAAUCGGCUCUGCUGACCAACACUGUCUGGUCACCGAUCACAAUGAUCUUGGCGGAGGUCGAUUCUUUGACCCCAGGUCAAAACAGAGUUUCAAAUAUGAUCAUUUGAGAAAGGAGGCUUCAGAUUUUGAGCCGUAUGAAAUUGAUGCUUUGGCCGAAUCGUGGCGAUCGGCCCUUGAUUCCGAGCUGACCCAAUACACCACAAACCACUACAAACACGGGGUGAGCAGCGUCUUUGCCAAAUCCAGCGGGUCUUCCAUCACACUCAUUGCCUGCAUAGAAGAUCACCAGUUUCAACCCAAAAACUACUGGAAUGGUCGUUGGCGCGCUCAGUGGUCGUUGACCUUCAUCCCUGGCUCAGGUUCUGCGGAGCUUAAGGGCAUCCUGAAGGUGCAAGUUCACUAUUACGAAGAUGGCAACGUCCAGUUGGUCAGCUCAAAAGAAAUCAAAGCCCCCUUGGUUAUUUCGAAUGAGGCUCAGUUGGCGAAGGAGUGGGUGAAGGUUGUGGAGGAGGCUGAGAGGGAGUACCAGCAGGCCAUCUCGGAGAACUACCAGACCAUGUCGGACACGACGUUCAAGGCGCUGCGUCGCCAGCUGCCGGUCACCCGUACCAAGAUAGACUGGAACAAGAUUGUGUCGUACAGCAUCGGCCGAGAACUGAGGAGCCAGUAGUGAUUUGCAAAAGAAAAUAUUUUCAUCUCUCUCACUCUCUACAAAAGGCACACAAGCAGAGAGUUUAUUUUCCUUCGUUGAUUUGCAUUAUUAAUUUGUUAGUUUGUUGUACGCAUCAAGCAAUGAUUCUAUAUUAUAAUAUUCUCCCUAGUUUUGUUUUUAGAAAAAAGAUCAAAUCAGCCGUUAGGAAAAUAUUUAUGCAAAUUUGAGAGAAAAACUUGGGUCUGGAGUGUUUGCUAUUCGGCCGUUACAAUUACCCUAAAACCACGACCCAGACUUUUCUCCUUUGAUAGUUAUUUGGUUUACUGAGGUAAGCAAAGUGCCUUCGAUUUUGAUUCGUGCCCUUUUUAAUUUUCCAGUAUUCUUACUAAAUGAUAUGGAACGAAAAAAGAAAUGUGUACUUUUAAGAUGGUGAUUUGAAACGCUUUAUUAGGAGUCGUUUCGUUCGCCUAUCUUCAAAUAAUAGCUGAGAGGGUGUGUCCUAUCACUCAGCAUUCCAUCGCCCAGCCUUCUAUUAUGCUUUUAAUCUCCUGUGUAUGUCUUGCCACAGGGAAACCGAAAAUCCUAUGCACGCCAAUCUGAGUGAGCUUUUGUUUUUUGAGUUUUAUGGUGUGUCGUUUUAAGCCCAUACCUUUUGCAAGAAGUUAAUCUUUCCAUCCGCUCACGCAUUUUUCUACUGCUUGAGAUGUGCAUACAUGAAGUGGAAGUCGCCAAAAGAUUGCACUUAAGAUAAUUUUGGAUAAUUUAUUAUUACACUUCCGUAGAGAUUAGAAUCAUUUUUUUAGAUCGUCGCCUCCAAUUGCAAAGAAUCGAAAAGCAUUUAUGUAAUCCAGCAAUUUUUUAUCACAUUUUUUACUACGAAGAUGCCAAACAACCUCAUAAGUAUUUAUAUUCAUUUGCCGUUUUAUUGCGAAAAACUAUUAAUCAAGUCAAUUCGUGACUUCAGCGAUGCUCAAAAUUAAGGAAAACUAGUUCCCCUUAAAAAUAUAUUCUAUGUGUAAAAAUUUAACUGAGAGGGUGUCCUAGUGCAAGUGAGAGUAUAAAAAUGAAUUCGGGUUUCCCUGCUGACUACUAGCUCCAUUUUUGAGGCACACGAUUACGUCCGCAGUUUCUGAUUUGCGAAACCUAACGGAGAGAACAAACUUAAAAUGAAAUCACAACCUCUUUAUCAAGACGAUAGCUGGAUUUAAUUACAAGAAGAAUAACCAUUGUUAGUAAUUAUUAUGCUACUCUGAUUAUCUCUGUUAUUAAUUAAACAUUAAUAAAAAGAAGAUCACCCUUUCUAUUCAGUAGGGGUGUUUAUUUGUACACAAAA